AUGGAACGGCUCACUCCAUUAGGACUCAUCAUUUCUCUCUUUCUUUUCUUCCCUAUUGCCACAUCCUUGCCUACGUCAGGAAGGCUCAGGACCUACAUCAUCCACAUGGAUAUAUCGGCAAUGCCUGGUGCCUUUUCGAGCCAUCAUGAUUGGUACAUGUCAACCCUUUCAUCCCUGUCAUCACCAGACGGCUUUUCCCCAUUGCAUCUCUACACUUACAACCAUGUAAUGGAUGGGUUUAGCGCUGUGUUAUCCCAAGCCCACCUUGACCAACUUCACGAAUUAUCUGGUCAUCUUGCUACAUAUCCUGAAACAUUUGGGCACCUCCAUACCACACGUGCUCCUACCUUUCUUGGGUUGAAGAAACAUUCUGGGCUAUGGCCUGCGGGUGGAUUUGGUGAGGACAUGAUCAUUGGAGUCCUUGACUCUGGCAUCUGGCCCGAAAGCGAGAGCUUUAAUGAUGAAGGUUUGCCGCCGGUGCCAACGAGAUGGCGUGGUGCAUGUGAAACUGGUACUGAAUUCAAUGCAUCUUACUGCAACAGGAAGCUGAUUGGGGCACGAUCCUUCAGCAAAGGCAUGCAGCAGGAAAAACAGAAUAUAUCAAAAACAAAUGACUAUGAUUCACCGAGGGACUUUCUAGGUCAUGGUAGCCACACAUCGUCCAUAGCAGCGGGCAGCAGUGCGGUUGCUGCUGAAUAUUUUGGAUAUGCCAAAGGAAAAGCUAUAGGAAUGGCACCAAAGGCUAGAAUUGCCAUGUACAAAGUUCUGUUCUUUGAUGAAAGUUAUGAUGCUGCAGCAACAGAUGUACUGGCUGGCUUGGAUCAAGCUAUAGAGGAUGGUGUGGAUGUCCUGUCCCUGUCUUUGGGGUUCAUUGAGACUCCGUUUGAUGAAAACCCUAUUGCAAUUGGAGCAUUCGCAGCUUUGAAGAAAGGGAUAUUUGUUUCAUGCUCUGCUGGCAAUAAUGGCCCUCAUGCAUAUACCAUUCUCAAUGGGGCUCCCUGGAUCACUACCGUCGGUGCUGGAACCAUCGAUCGGGAAUUUGCAGCUCAUGUCACGUUUGGUGAUGGAGAGUUAACCGUAACAGGAAAAUCUGUAUAUCCAGAAAACUUGUUUGUUUCGGACAUUCCUAUAUACUUUGGACAUGGAAACCGAUCCAAAGAACUUUGUAACUCUCUCGACCCCAAAGAAGUUGCUGGAAAAUACAUAUUUUGUGAUCUCGACUCCAGCGGCCAAACUAAUGCCUAUGCACAAAUAUACGAAAUGGACACAGCUGGAGCUGCUGGAGCUAUCUUUAGCUCGUCCGAGGGGCCGUUUUUCCGACCCACAGAUUUCUUCAAGCCCUUUGUGUUGGUAAACCCGAAAUAUGGGGAUUUGGUAAAACAUUAUAUAAUCAAUUCCAAGAAUGCAAAAGUGAGUAUCAGGUUUCAAACAACCCUCUUGGGUACUAAGCCAGCUCCUCAAGUGGCUUACUUUUCAUCUCGAGGACCUGAUAGAAAAUCACCGUGGAUACUGAAACCCGAUAUUUUGGCUCCUGGAGUCGACAUUUUAGCUGCUUGGGUCCCCAACAGAGGCUUUGCACCGAUCGAUGACGAUGAUUAUUUGCUAACAGAUUACGCUCUCGAAUCUGGAACAUCCAUGUCAUGCCCCCAUGCGGCUGGCAUAGCCACACUGCUUAAAGCUGCCCACCGCGACUGGAGUUCAGCAGCCAUCCGAUCAGCAAUGAUGACAACAGCUGAAGUUUUCGACAAUGGCAAUGGCCGUAUCAUUGACAUGACCACAGGAGUUGCUGGGACACCUCUUGAUUUCGGAGCAGGGCACAUAAAUCCUAACAAAGCCAUGGACCCUGGCCUUGUCUACGAUAUCGAGAUUCAAGACUACAUCAACUACCUUUGUGGGUUAAACUACACUAGCAAACAGAUCCGAACCAUCACGGGAAUGCGUCAGUUUAACUGUGAUAGUGCUACCCUGGAUCUUAAUUAUCCAUCAUUCAUCAUUCUCUUGAACAACACUAACACAACCAGCACCACCUUCCAAAGGGAACUCACAAAUGUAGCAGAAGGUAGCUCGGUUUAUCGAGCGGUUGUGAGGGCUCCUUCAGGCAUGAAAGCUGUAGUGCAACCUGAAACAAUUACCUUUGCAGGAAAAUACAGUAAAGCCAAGUUCCAACUCACAGUGGAGAUUGAUGUGGGAGUUGGAAGUAUCCCUGAAAGCGAUUACUUUGGGAAUUAUGGAUUUCUGAGCUGGUACGAGGUCAAUGGGAAACAUCAAGUUACAAGUCCAAUCAUUUCAGCAUUCGCACCUUGA